AUGUUUGGGCAAUGGAACGCCCAGUACCUCGACACAACUACGGGCUCGAUUGCAAUCACCUCGAUUAUGAUAACGAGGACUGCCCUGGUGUUAAAGACCCUAUCAUCAACUGCAUCCUCGGCAGCGGAAGCUGCCUCAGAAUCGUCUUCUUCCGGCGGUUCAGGCGUGUCAGGCACCCCCGCCUCCUCGACCACUGGUGCCAUCGUGGCUGGUGUUGUCGGCGGCGUCGCCGUGAUCGCCAUCGCAGUCUGCGUUAUUGUCUGGCUCAUACUCAGACAUAAGAGACAACACAAGGAAGAAUAUGUACAUCCCAUGACACCGGGUCCUCCAGAGCAAUUCUCCAUGCAGCCGUACGUCGCCUCCUCCGGUCCCGGUACGCCACGCUAUCUGAGCGGGUUCUACGAGCCAGAAAAAUACCAGCCUGUGCCGAUUAUCGACCCAACUUCACGUGAGGCGCGGGGAUCGCCGAGUAUCAGCCAUAGCAGGGUCAAUGAUAAUGACAACGGCGAUCGAAUUGAGCUCGCAUCAUGA